UACUAGUAUUUAUCAGACUUAUAUUCUGUACUUAUUUAUUGUUAUAGCUAUAUAUAAAAGAAAACGUAAACUAUGUGGAAAAAUUUACUAACUUUCAUAGAAUUCAUAUGUAAGACAUAACAGUAUAUUUUCUUCAAUACUUUCAGUAUUAAACAAUUUAUGAUGAACGUGUUUACAAAGUUUGUAGCUGGUAAUUGUUUAGAUUCUGUGUCGUUUAGACAACAAGGGGAAUCUGCAUCAGAAUGGACGCCGCUUCUUGGGAAUUCGCCGGGAGUCACACUUUCUACUCUAGUAUUUAUAAUUCCUCAAAGAUGGGUGAUGGCCAUAAUGGGAUUUCUUGCAGUGGCAAACGCGUAUACGAUGCGUGUGUGUCUCAACAUUGCCAUAACACAGAUGGUACAUAGACGUCCUCGCGAAGCGGGUGUCGAUGAUGGAUCAUGUCCCGGUGACAUAGACGAAGUUAUUACAGAUCCUACAGAAAUAAACGGAUUCGAAUGGGACGAGGAGACCCAAGGUAUUAUUUUGAGUGCUUUCUACUACGGCUACAUAGUGACUCACCUUCCUGGAGGUAUGCUCGCUGAGAGAUUUGGAGGGAAAUAUUCUCUUGGUUUUGGAGUUCUGAGUACGGCCGUAUUUACUCUCCUAACGCCUUGGACAGUCAACAUGGGAGGAGCUACCGGACUAAUCAUAUUGAGAGUAUUAGAAGGACUUGGAGAGGGUACCACAUUUCCAGCUUUAAACGCAAUGUUAGCUCGUUGGGCGCCAGUCUCGGAAAGAGGUCGAAUGGGUUCCUUAGUGUUUGGUGGGGCACAAAUUGGCAAUAUCGCUGGUACAUACCUCUCCGGUCUGGUCAUGAAGGAAACGGGCGACUGGCACUCCGUAUUUUAUUUGUUUGGCUCUAUCGGAAUUCUCUGGUUCAUAUUAUGGGCAUUAUUAUGUUACAACGACCCGGAAUCUCAUCCAUUUAUCUGUGAUAAGGAAAAGAAAUAUUUAGAAGAAGCGUUAGGUAGACAUCGAAAUAGUCAGCCGUCUGCAAUACCAUGGAAAGCCAUUUUUAUGUCUGUACCCCUAUGGGCUUUAGUCUGUGCUCAGAUUGGCCACGAUUAUGGAUACUUUACAAUGGUGACGGAUCUUCCAAAAUACAUGACCGGAGUGUUGAAGUUCGAUAUUCAUAGGACGGGUACAUUGGCUGCCUUACCGUAUGCCGUUAUGUGGAUUAGUUCUAUUUUAUUUGGAUGGAUGUGCGAUAAAAUAGUGAAGAAGAACUGGUUGACAGUCACUAACGCUAGGAAGACUUUCACUACUAUUGCAUCAGUCGGUCCCGGUAUAUGCAUGAUCCUAGCAUCGUAUUCCGGCUGCAAUACUGAAGCUGUAGUGAUUUUAUUUACUGCAUCCAUGGGAUUGAUGGGCGCAUUUUACCCCGGGAUGAAGGUUAACGCACUCGAUCUAAGCGGCAACUACGCAGGCACUAUAAUGGCCAUAGUUAAUGGAAUUGGUGCUAUAACAGGCAUCAUAGCGCCAUAUCUCGUUGGAUUACUAACACCUGAUAGCACAUUAGUGCAAUGGCGGUUAGUGUUUUGGAUAGCGCUCGCUGUCUUUAUUUUAACAAAUUUGGUGUUCGUGGCUUGGGCUUCGGGCGAUGAGCAGUGGUGGAAUAGCAGCGCGCAGGAUCCCAGCAAGCACAACGAGGCAGAAGCCGCGAACAACCGUUCCGUGAAUGCAGAAGUCAAAUUGUAGAUAUAUCAGGUGCUAACCUUUAGCUUUAAGUUGGUAGCAACAAAGAAAUGCGUAUUUACGCAUUAGUGUUAUAAAAAUACUCGCGAAGAGUUGGCCAUCAACAAAUAUUAAAAUGUAAUGUAGGUACAAAUAUAGUAUUGGUUGAAUUGUUAUUUUUUAAUUAGAAAAUUUUAGAUAUUGGCGAUUCGUUGAAUCCUCUGCCAGUGUUAUGUGAUAGUAAUUUAGUAAUUUGAAUUUUCGAAGUAUUUUUCUAUAUAAAUAUGUAUAAAUACUAAAUAAUUAUUUAAUUUUAUAUACCUAAGUAGGUAUAGGUACAAAAUAUUUUCACUGGAUAAUUAUUUUUUGAGUAUCAAUGUUUAUUUAUUGAAUUAUUGUUCCCUAGAAUUAAAGAUCGUAUUACAUAUCCACUAUCGUACUGAUUCUAUAGUGUAAGUAGACGACUAUAAUGAGAUUAUAGAAAAAAAAAAUCAUGUUUCAUAAAAAGUUAUGUUCACUCCAUACGAAUGGAAAUUGUGAAUGACUUUUGUGUUUAGAUUAUUUAUUAUUGUAUAGAACACUCGCAGACAAGUCCUUGACUCAAAGUGUAUUAUCAGAACUAAUUCAGGCAGAUUGCACUGUAGUACUGAACAUAAAUCCCUAUUGACAAAGCGAACAAAGUCCGAUUCAAUCGAGUAUUUAUUAUAAUUUUUUAAACAUUAAGAAUAAAUAUUAAAUUAGUUAAAAUUUAUAGCAAAAUAACAAUGUGAAUGACAAAGAUAUUUUUAAGUGCUUCAUUACGAAAAUGCACACACUAGCAAGCAUUAUUGCAAUAACUAGAUAAGAUUUCGACAACCCUCUCAUUCAUAAAAACUAAACAACAAACCUACAAACAUUUUAAUUAUUAGACAAUUUUGUCACUUUCUUUCAAAUUAAGAAUUUAGCACCUAAGAAAGAAACAAAACAGUUCAAUAGCUGACAUGGGUUUAUAAGAGGUUUGAUGUUUUUAUGAAUAAGGGAAAAAUGUAUUUGAAAAUUGUAACAAUGUUCGGGAAUAUCUAAAGAAUUCUGAAUUCUGAAUCCGAAUUUAAAAAAAAAGGUUUUAGCAAAGUGUAAAUCCCUGCGUAUAUUCUCAGAGCCAUUAUCGACUUAUAGUACACUAGUGCCAUUUGAAAGAACAUUUGGAGUGUGUUCUAUUGUAAAUUAGGUAGGUACUAUGUAGUCGUUGUAUUAUUGUCAAGUCCACUGAUUUUAUAAUUUAUUUAUAAGUUCUCAACCACGUUACUAGCAAACAGCAAAUUAUCAGAUCUGCAAAUUAUUUUUAUCCAAGACCAUCUAAUAACUAUUUUCAUGUACGGUAAUUUUUAUCAAUUGAAUUUCAAUGUAUUUUGAGAAGUGUACAUUAAAGGUCUAUCCACACACAGUAUUUGUCAGUGCCUUUGUUCACUAAUACUCUUUCAUGGAAGCGUCAUGUCAUGUAAGCGGAUAGGCCUUAAAAUCAAUAGUUUUAUUUAUUGAUUUUUACAUAUGGCUGUACCAAAUAAGAUAGACAUGGUGCAUAAAACAUUUCCCUUUAAAAAUCUACUGCAUCUUACCGCAGGUGCAAAAAAAAAAAAAAUUUUUUAUUAGCCUUUCGCCUGAAGAUUACUUUCAAGUGAAAUAGAUUUGUUCAAGAUCUAAACACACUACGCGUUAUGGCAUUGUUUUACUGAUAUUAUUCUUUAGUUAGACAAAUAUAAGUAAUGUACAAUAAUUGUUGUUACGUAAAUAUUAUGUCGUAAUCCACAAAUAUAUCAAGUGAUAUGCAGGUGAAUUUUAAAUAAAUAGCAUCCUGUUAAGGUAUUGUCCUAUCAGAGAAACUGAAUAUUUUGCCCGAAAAUCGAAAAGCCAUAAAAAAUUCGAGCUUUGCAUGCUACAUUGAAAGCAGGACACGAUAUGUUAUGUUAAGCUUAAAUUUUUAUCAUUUAUCGACCCUUUUUACUUAUGGAUUUAUGUUUAAACUGGCAAAACUUUUUUAAAACGAUAUUAUGCCACCUGUAUAUUUAAAGAUAUGAUUACUAUAGGUACCUUUUGUUAAGUAUUUACUAUUCAUAAUUUGCUAAUGAUGUGUGUAACAUUGUUAUGUUUAUGUUGUCUGAGAUAAUAGGAUAUCAUUUUGUACAAUACCGUAUUUUGUUAAAUAUAAAUAUUUAAUGUA